CGGUGCUGGCGGGGCGGUGCCGGGAGCGGCAUGGGGCGGCCAAGGGAGGGAGGUCGAUCAUGAGGAGCCAAGCACCAUCCUCCCAUGCCUUCUGAUCGGUUUCCUUGUAAGUGAAGCUCACUCACACUGAGGACCAGACCUCACUGAUGACUGGGAAGCCAAGAGUACCCAGGAAAGCACUUUUACCACAGACUCCACCUCAGGAGCACCAGGAACUCAUCUUCUAGAGUAAAAUCUGUGCCCCUUUGUGUAGACCCCAUGUCUGCUGCAAUGGAUACAGAAUCAACAUAUUCAGGAUACUCCCACUACUCAGGUCACUCCAAAAAAGCCCACAGACAAGGGAGCCGGGACAGGCACAAAUCGCCACGAAGCAAAGAUGGGAGUCGCUCUGAGAAGUCUGUCACCAUCCAGACACCUCCUGCAGAACCACUGCUUGGGAACGAUGCCUCUCGGGCAGAGGAGGGCCAGGAUGACAACUGGGGUGAGACCACGACAGCAAUCACAGGCACCUCUGAGCACAGUAUUUCCCAGGAGGACAUUGCCCGGAUCAGUAAGGAUCUGGAGGACAGCGUUGGGUUGGACUGCAAACGUUACCUGGGCUUAACAGUGGCAGCUGUUCUUGGACUCCUUGUCUUCCUUACCCCCAUCGCCUUCAUUCUGUUACCCCAGAUCCUGUGGCGGGAUGAUCUGGAGCCGUGUGGUACUGUCUGUGAGGGACUGUUCAUCUCUGUGGCGUUUAAACUCCUCAUUCUUCUGAUUGGAACCUGGGCUCUAUUUUUCCGCCAGCCUAAGGCAGAUAUCCCCAGGGUGUUUGUGUUUCGGGCCCUUCUGUUGGUCCUCAUCUUCCUUUUUGUGUUUUCCUACUGGCUCUUUUACGGCGUUCGCAUCUUGGACUCAAAGGACACCAACUACCAGGGCAUAGUGCAGUACGCCGUGUCGCUGGUGGAUGCUCUGCUGUUCAUUCACUACCUGGCCAUUGUGUUGCUGGAGCUACGGCAGCUGCAGCCCAUGUUCACUGUCAAGGUGGUUCGGUCAACGGAUGGAGAGUCACGAUACUACAGCUUGGGGCACUUGAGCAUCCAGCGAGCUGCACUGGUGGUCUUGGAAAACUACUACAGAGAUUUCACAGUCUACAACCCAGCCUUACUAACAGCCUCCAAAUCCCGUGCAGCCAAGCACAUGGCUGGCCUGAAAGUCUACAAUGUUGAUGGCCCAGGGAACAACGCUUCGGGGCAGUCCCGUGCCAUGAUCGCAGCUGCAGCUCGUCGCAGGGACUCCAGUCACAAUGAGCUCUACUACGAAGAGGCUGACCAUGAGCGGCGAGUGAGAAAGCGCCGUGCAAGGCUUGUGGUUGCAGUAGAGGAGGCUUUCACUCACAUCAAACGCCUCCAGGCAGAGGAACAGCAGAAAGCUCCAGGAGAGAUGAUGGACCCCCGAGAAGCAGCCCAGGCAAUCUUCCCCUCCAUGGCAAGAGCUCUGCAGAAAUACCUUCGCACCACCCGCCAGCAACAGUACCACAGCAUGGAGAGUAUCUUGCAACACUUGUCCUUCUGCAUCACCAAUAACAUGACACCAAAGGCAUUCCUGGAGCGUUACCUCAGCCCUGGCCCAACCCUGCAGUACGACAGGGAUCGCUGGUUCUCCAAGCACUGGACGCUCGUCAGCGAGGAAGCAGUCACGAGCGGGUUACAAGACGGCAGCGUCUUUGUGCUCAAGUGCUUGGACUUCAGCCUUGUUGUUAAUGUGAAAAAAAUCCCCUUCAUCAAACUCUCCGAGGAGUUCAUAGACCCCAAAUCUCAUAAAUUCGUCCUCCGCUUACAGUCUGAGACUUCAGUCUAAGGGAUUCUGAGGGUGGGUUCCUUGGGGAUUGGAUUUUGUCUUUCAAUAUCGUGCUUUUUGGGUUUAAGUUCCCCAAUGCUGACUGAAACUGGCAGAUGAUGGACCAGUAAUAUUUGACCAUCUGCACUUUAUUUGGAAAGGGGAGGGAGGGGGGGAGUUGGAAUAUCUUAUCUAGAAAGAAAUAUCUUAAGAGGCGACAGGGUGACUUGGCUCGGUUAGCUCAGCCUUGGAGACAGAACAGAGUUUUCCCCUUUUUCCCCCCCUUUCCAGGCACACUGUAAGUCUCACGCUCGCUCUUUGCCUCACCAUUGCAACAUGGGUUAUUUUUGUUGGAGCGCUGCCUUUAUGCCAUACACAUGCCUGUGCUUUUGCCUCUCUGCUUUUCCUACCUGUAGCUAUUUCUGAAGAGGGUAUUGCUCACCUCUGCUGUAGAAACCUGCUUGCAUGGGGAUGUGGCAGUCCCUGUUCGCUCGGGAAGGAGAGGGCAUCAAAGGGAGGGUGUGAGGGGGCUGCUUCUGGGAGCCACCUCAUCUGAAGACUUAAGACUUCUCUUUCCUCUCUCCAUAUGCCCUCUUCUGUCAGAGCUGGACCUAUAUGAGCACAGUGGGAUGGUUUUGCCUUCUGUGUCUCUGAAGUUGCUUGUCUUGAACUGGAAUAGUCCAUUUGCAGCUCUUUGGAUUGAUUUUGCUUUAUGAUUUCAUCCCAGUUCUUGUUAGUGAAGCUGUUCUGUGUGACACAGCUCCCUGUUAUCUCUCACCUGCUUCCUCACUCCUGUUAGCCUGCAUCUCUGUUGGGCACUCCCAAGGCUCCCAGUUUGUCUUCUGUCUGGCUUUCCCAAUGUGUUUCUCCAGCCGCAGUCCCCUCGGGCUCUGCCUUACUGCCACUUCCUUUUGCACCUGCAAGGGCUGCCUAUUUGCACUGGGACAGGGGAGGUGAAUAGCUGGCCCCUCCUCAGAUAAAUCACAGACCCUCCCUGAGCCUGACAGCCUCUUUGAUGGGAAGGGGGUGCAGGCAGGAAUGUGUGCCUCCCUCUCUAGCCAGCUUCAAGUGUGUCUGGAGGAAAGGAGGAGGAGAGGAGCCAGGGAAAGGGCUGACCUCUGCCACAUGCACUUGCUUUGGAGAACUGCUUUAUGUCCUUCCCCACCAUACGCCUUCAGCUCUAGCUAAGAAAUACCAAACUCUGUCUGAAUGUUGAAAGCCUGCCUGAUUCCUGCCUUUCUUGGCCUUUCUAUACUGGGAGAGCUUCUGCUCAGUGCUGGGAUCUGUCCCUGAGAUGUGCAAUUUUGUUUUGCUUUUGUCCAUCAGAGCGGCUUUGGCAUCACCUGAGUCUUGUGGGGUUUUGGGAGGUUUGCUUUUUAUGAUGAAACCUAAAGCAGGGUCUGAUUGCUGGCACAGAGCAUGGUGUGAUUCCAGAGCCAGCUCUGAGGCUGGCAGUGAGCUGCCUUCUGUCAGGUCCCAGCUCUGUGGCAGUGGAUUUGUGUGUGAAUGCAAAAUGAUUCAUUCUGCCCAGUCUUUUGCCAUGCAAAUGUCUGUUAUCAGGACAGGAUCUGACCUGCCCUCCAUAUGGAUGUCUUCACACAGAGGGCCCAGUUCUACCCAAGCCAGUGCCUUUUGUUGCCAGGGUGAGUAGUCUUCCCACAUGGGCUGUGGCAGCUCUCCUGUCCCCUUUGGCAUUCCCUGGGCUCCUCCAGCAGCUCAUGGGGCUGCCUCCAUGCUCCCACCAGCAUGAGGCAGCCCAGCUAAGAGCGGGGCUCUGCUGGUCCUCUAUGACAUGGCUAGUGUGGGCUGGCUGGUGCCCACCAUAAGCUGCUGGGAUGGAGCAGCCACCUUAAGCUGAGGACAGGGCACAGUGGCAGCAGCAAUGAAGCUGCAGAUAGUCCUCUUGGGAUCGAGGGAGUUCAAAAAGGAUCCAAAGUGGUGAUUCCUCAUCCAAGUGAUGCCUGUAGUGUCCUGCACCUUUCUUACAAGUGUGUGGAAGUCACCUGGAUCCUGUCUUCUCCAUGUAAUGUGCCAGAUGUGCUUGUGAAGAAACUAGACGGUGUGGUACAUGAUGGGAGCAGGCCUAUGUCCCUUAAAGGAUGGGAAGUAUGUAGAGUUUUUCCUUCUCUAAAGUUAGUGUUUGGGUUUCUUUCUAGGUCAGGCUUUCUGGUAGUCUCUAUAGGGGCUCCUUUAUUGACUGUGGCCUUUGCAGUGUUUUAAUUAGAAAAUAUAGAUUGGUUUAUUCCUUUAAACAAAAAAGGUAGGGGGAACUCUAUGGUAUCUCCUCACACUUGCUCUCCUGAAGAUGCGUGAAUGUGGCUUUCAUGAUGUGCAUCACUAGCAAGGUGGGGGAGACUGGGGAGCACUUCUGCCUGUGUGGAGGUGCUGCCUGUGGCUGGAUUGGCUCCUUUCUGUGAAGGCAGAACAAGAACCCUCUUGCUGGUGGUUUGCGUGUGCUGUGUGCAUGAGAGCACCUUCUCAGAGGCACCUCUGCUGAAGUUUUUCUCUUUGCCAGGUUUUCCUUCCUAUUUCCUUUCCCUGCCCCACCAGGGGGGCUGUCUGACAGGAUCUGCUCAGGAAACUCAUGUCUUAAUCCAAUUAAAUCCUUAAACACAUGGAGAAACAGAUGGAAGCAGUGCUUGCUUGCUCUAGAUCUACUUCCUCAUCAGUGCUGCCUUUUCUGCCUGCCUGUGGAAAGGACACUGUCAGUGAGGGCCAGCUCCUAAAUUAAACACUCUGCCCUAUGCCAGCAGCAUUAAUGCAUUGCCUGAUUAAAGCUGAAGGAAAGGACUUGGCCUCUCAAAUGAUCUCUUUAGAAUGCAACCUGCUUAAGGUUGAGGACAGACUCAAAGAGGAAUCAGGACUCAUGAGUAUUCCCUGUUCUUGUUUUUAAAGACAUUCUGUUUCUCAGGGUCUCUUGUUUCCCCUCCCUGCAGAACCAGAGGACCAUUUCAUACCUACUUCACUGGGGUGUUAUGAGGCUAAACUCGUCAAGCGCUUUGAGAUCCACAGAUGGAUUUGUGGCAUCUAUAGGAAUUCAGACCCCUCGUAAGAACCCUGAGCGGCAAGAGCAGCCUGGUUUGUUUAACUCUGUUUAUAGCCAGCUAAUGAGUAAGAAUCGAGGCACAGGGAACACGGCUCCCAUCCAAAUCCUGCUCUCCUUCCUUCUGUAGAGCUUGCCAAGAGCUCAGCAUAAAAAUGAGGCUUGAAGGGUUUUGCCAGCCAAGAGCAGGCUGUUUUCCUCCAAAUGCCUUUCCUAUCCAGCACUGUCUUCAUGCACAUAUUCUCCCUCCUCUCUCCCAGUCUGGAUUCUUGUACCUGGCAGGGAAUUGUUGUGUUUCUUUGGAGUUCAAAUGGUUUAUGAGACAACCCUGUUUGAAUUGAACAAUGUCCCCUCAGAGGAGAUCACUGGACAUCCUUCACUAGAGACUGUACCAUGUGAUAAUGUUGCUUCACUCCUCUGUUCCAUGUUGGUGUUUUCCUUGUAUGCUUCUUAGAUACUUUAAAGGCUUUGGGGUUUUUUUGGUCUCAGAUUUGUAACACCCUCAAUCCAAAGCCAUGCUGAGAUCAUCCAUACCCAGCCACAGCUAUUUGAACUGCUCUGGAACAGAUGGAGAUGGCUGUGGAUUUCCAUGAAGCCUGGCUUUCUGUUUCAUGACUAAAGAGGGAAAGGUACAGAUUUCUUCCAGCUUCUAGGAGCUGUGGAUAUUACACUUGCAGGGGGGCUAUAGGAGAGAAAGGCAGAUCUGAUUUUAGCCUCUGCCAGCUAUUCCUCUGACUUCUGCCUCUAAAACUUUUCCUGCCAGCAACUUCAGUCAUUCCAGCUCCCAUCCUCUCCUCCGCAUGGGAUUUUCUCCUUGAUGUUCCCUAGCAAGGCAGGACAAGUAUCCACUGGGGUGGGAGGUUGCAAACCUCAGGUUGCUGGGGCUGCAGUUUGGCAGCAGCUCACAAAAAGGCACAAGGUUGGAGGAGGUCUGAACAAAUCCCACCCCUUGUGAAGCCUCUUAACCUUUUCCUUUGGGAUGGGGAUCUCCAUACAAAGCCUCAGGAAUCUGCUGUUGCCACGUAUGCCAGAAGCUGUGGGAGAGCUGAUUCUGAAGCUGGCCCUACCCUGCAUAAGUAGCUUUUGAAGUCUUGUUUGAGAUGUGCUGCUUUUGUUGAAGAACUGGAAAGAUCCAUUCUGUGCUGAACGUGGAAUCCUGUUCAAGCCAAUUCCAUCAUCUUUCUUACCAAAACUUGUAAAUCUACCCUUUUCCAAAGGGAAAACAAAAGUCUUUGGCAAAACACUGUAGUCUGGUCCCAGGCUCUGCUCUUCAGUUGUGCUUAGUUCUGCCCUCCGCUAUGAG